CGCCCUUAAUAAAGUUUGUCCCACGUCGCUCCCCGUCCUUUCCUAGGCUGUUCGGCAUGUGAGAGUCCCGGCUUCUUUAGAGACAGCAGCGAUGGCGUUCCGGUGUCAGCGGGACAGUUACGCCCGGGAGGUGCGAUCUGUCGCGGGAGGGACUCCAAGCUGCCGGGCCAACGGGGCGUUCAGCACCACCGUGGUGUCCUGCAGUCCCGCGGAGUUGCAGACCGAAGGGAGUAAUGGCAAGAAGGAAGUGCUGAGCGGUUUCAACGUGGUGCUGGAGGACACGCUGCUUUUCCCGGAGGGCGGUGGACAGGUACCAGGCCAGUCCCUCAGCCCGACCCCCUCCCAAGCCCCUGACGCCUUUGUGCUCGAGUGAAAAUGCUCUCCUACGCUUCCCAGCCAUAAAGAAUCCAGAUGGAUGUUAGUUCACUUCAUUAUUUAUUCAAUAAAUGGGGAAGGGAUUCAAAAAGUUCGUGGAAAACCUGCGUUAUGUAAGUUAUGUAAACUCUAUGUGUGGAGUUCAAAUUUUUUUACAUGAAAAUAAAG